CUUAGCCAAGGUUGUGCCACAUUUUGUUGAUGUAAAGUAAAUAUUUAAUAUACUAUUUCGCAGAAUUGUGUCGGUGUGAUGUGUUUAACAGAAAACAGUAUGAAAUUGGUACUGCUCUUGUUAGCCAUACAGUUAUACACAGUCUAUGGAACUGUCGGCAGAUGUGGUUACGCCUUACUGAGUAACUGUUUCUGUGGUCAUCAAAUACACGACCGAGAAUCACUCUUUGUGGUUAACUGCACCGGACAUGGUUUUACCAAUACUAGCAUGCUGCGGGAACUACCCGAGGAAACUGAGAUGUUAAUCUUCACGGGCAAUCAUAUCGGGACACUGCCCAGUAAUGUUUUCGGCGAAGGAAGAAAUAUGACCAAACUUAGGAUUAUUGAUAUGAGCAAUAAUGGAAUUCAGGACGUUAAAGGAAAAGCAUUUCACCACGUUGUAAACGUCACCCGCCUAAUCUUAAAUCACAACAAUAUCUCCAUUUCCGAUCAAUAUGAUAAGAAUUACCACCACCCCAGAGUAUUUUCGAAUUUUUUUAAUUUGGAGGAACUGCACUUGACAAAUGCGUUUGCUGAUAAUACUGAUGCCGCUCUUGCAGAUGAUCUUCAUGAUAUAUUCGUAAACAGUAACCUUACGAAGUUGUACAAACUCCAUCUGGAACAGAAUGAAAUCAAGAACUUUAAAGAUGACCGGGUGUUCUGUGAUUUGCCUAAUAUACAUGACAUACAUUUAGGCGACAACAAUAUUCCUAGUGUGAAUUUCAAUAUAACGUGUCUUCCAAAGCUGCGUUACUUGGACCUAGAACGCAACAACAUAAGCAAGUUCUCGCAGCAAGAUUUAGACAACUUCGAUAAACUGGCAUUUCCUUACAGAACUACACAAAAUCUGACAAUAGACAUUGAUGGAAACCCUUUUAGAUGUGACAAUGCUGUGAAGAAUCUUUACAAUUGGUUGCACAGAACUAAUGUAAAGGUCAGAGAUGUAGAUAUUUUGGAAUGUCAUCAAACUAAAUAUGGUACCAAAUAUAUAAUAAAUUUAAAGAAUUUGGCCGAGUCAAAGAAUGCCAAAAUAUCGCAGGCGUUGACAAUUAUUUUGGUGGUACUUGUUUUAAUUUUGUUGUCACUGUUAAGUGCGUACGUAUACUUGAAGAGAGAAAGUAUGAAGGGAAAAUUAAGUCCUUUAUUUGAGGCUGUUACUAGAAAAGUUCAUUAUAACAAAAUCGAAUCGCAGGAUGUCUGAGUUUAAGCUUAUUUUCGAAAAUUUUAAUGUGUGAUAUGGAACUAACAAAAGUUUGUUCAGAUAAUUUUUGAUAAAAGACACCUCAGAGGACGUUUUUUUUAAGUGUGUUUCAAACAAGGCAAACUAAAGACAGUAUUUAAAUUCAGUCAAAGACAAAAUUUUUAACACAUUAUCUGUCAUGUUGAUCUAUAAGAUCAAUAAUAUUCUUUAAUGUAGCACCACCUCGGUCUUAUCACAAAAUAUUUGCCAUAUACGUUACCUCGGUAUGUACCUACAUAUUCAUGAUUUUAAUACUAUCGCUACGGUCCGGAACGUCUUUAUCUAUUUUACAGGUCAGGUCGUUGUUAUCUUUACUCUGAAACUGGAAAUAUGUAUUUCAAAAGUAUGAGAGAGAUACCUGCUUCAGUCCUUUAAUUAGCCUCUUCAAGGAGAGGUAGCCGCCUUUGGAUUGAGUCGGGGCACUAAUUUUGUAAAUGCCGGUAGUAAACGCGGCAAAAGCAGAGAAUAACGCGACUGUGUUUUGUUGGUUGACUCUUGGAAGAUAGUCGGAAAGCUUCUUUGGGGUUGGUCGGAUGGUUAAAUCGAUACAAACACUGAUUAGGGAUACUCCAUAAAAGGCUGAUUUCUUUCAGAAUUUGUAGUUUUCUUUAGAAAACGGCUGAAGGGCUACCUGUAGCUAGUUCCUCACCUAGGACAGAUAUCGUUGUGCAAUGAGGUGAGGGAAAUUACAGAAAACCAAUCUUCCUUUAUCCUUUAAUGUAACUAAUGACAUUUUAAGAAGUAUAGGCGAGUGAACCCACUAUACAGGGUGUAGAGUGAAGGAAAGAUAGAUUCGUAGGGUAGGGUAGUAGGUACCUGAAAAGGGUGCCCUCUGGAAGGAAAGACACUCUAAGGACACUUCGGCGUCUUAAAAGGAACUUGAGCUUCUCAAAGUGUCCUGCUGGCGUGGAUUUGUGUCAUUGUUUGGUAGACGGUUUUUUUGUUGGCUCACAUUGAAAUUUCGUGGCCGUACAUGUUUUGGAAGAUCUCAGUACAGACACGAGUGACGUCGUUCCUUUUUUAGGAAAGACGUUGAACAGGAUCAUAAACAUGAAGACACAAGUGAAGUAAUGGCUUCAUUUUCUAGGAGAGGUUAUUUAUGGGAGUUUGUUUGGGUGCAGUAACAGGUGGUGGUUAUUGGGGGAGGGGGCGGUAGGUGAAGUUGAGUAGUUUCUUUGACAAUUAGGGUAAUUUUUGGGGUUUUAUAUUUUUUAGGUAAUUUUGUGUUAACAUGUCCGCUUUGGAAGCAUUUUGAGCAGUACUUUGGCAGGGUUAUGUAUUCAUAUUCUUGCCCCGUUUUCUGCAUGUAAAACCUUAAUAGAUUGGAAAUUUGAGCCAUGGAUGUUGUUUCGAAAAUUUUAUGAAAUUUGCACUGGCUGCAAAUAUUUGUAGGAAUUUGUUUGAUUUUGUAUCAACAAAAGAAAAAAACACUGGAUAAUAGUCGACUUAUUUUAAAUAAUUGAGAAUAGAAUACAUAUUUGUCAAACUGGUGUCGUUCACACAGAAAGUGAAAAAAAUAAUUCGAGACACCUCAACAAAGAAAUAAAAUGAAGAAAAAAAAGAGACUUUAAAGCCAGAAGUUAGACUGUCAAAGACCACACUCUGAAGAUCAUACUACCGUGUUCAGAGACGUGAAGAUCAUACUGCCAGGAUUCAUAUAGAGACGACCAACAGCUGGAUCAUAAUCACCUUAACUGAGAAGAAAUGAAAGAAAAAGUAAAGUAAGACUAAUUAUCAACAAAGUUCAAUGAAAUAAGGUACCACGUUGAGAUAUGAUAACAGCAGAAAUGUUCAAGGAAAUAAAAGAAAUCGGAAUAAAAUUGCUUCAUCUAGUCUAAAAGAUCGCUGUGGGAAAGAUUCUUAAAAUAUGGAGAGACAUUAAUAUCUCUAGUACUGACAUAAGGAUGCGAGUUUGGGACAUUAAAGCAAUCAGAAAGAAGAAAAAUAGGCGUCACCGAAAUGUUCUGCUAAGUAGAGAAGAAAGUUGUGAAUUCCAUGGAUCCACCGUAGAAUAAAUAAUUCUAUUCUAAAGGAACUUAAGAUCUGUAAGAGAUCUAUGCAUGAUCUAAUAGAUAUAACUAGACAUAGACAUCUGUGGAGACGGACCAUAUACAAUAUCACAACAACUACAUUCCCUCCAGAGGGUCGAGUGAAGAGAGAGAGAGAGAGAUAUGUAUUAACUAAUAAUUGAGGGUUAUGGACAGAUGUUUCGACAUUAGAAGGAACUUUAAGGGAAUGCAUUACCUCUUGACUGGAAAUGUAAGUUGUAGGGACUGUUCUUGAGGGUUUCACAUGAGUAUUCAGAC